AUGGAAACAUUAGAGGGUGAUAAUGUUUUAUCAGAUAUGGAAUCAGAGGAAGGAGAAGUCUCAGAUGAAGAGUUUAUUUUAGUAGAUGAUACAAAUACCUGUAUCAAGAGGGAUGAUAUGGAUCAAAAAUUAAGAAAUGUCUUAUCUAAAGUAUUUGUAAAUGUAGCGUUAGAAUGUUAUGAUGAAAUGGAAAAAGCUUAUUAUUCAGCUAAUUUUUCGCUAAUAUGUUUUAAUUGUGAUUCACAUGAAUAUGUAGUACCUGUACCUGAAAAACAGUAUCCUUACUGUGAAAUCUGUAUCAAUGAUCUAAAUGUAUCGAUUAAAAUGGGUUAA